CUCCGUAUGUGCGGUAGUAAUCUAAUGGAGAUCCAACAGUGUAGUAAGGCUUGCCAGAGUCUAUAAACAAGACCAAUAUCUGCUUGAUAGCUUGUUAACAUUAAUCAAGGAUCCCGGCCAUGGCCAAAGAAAAGAGUCGGAAACACACAAAUGGCGAAGUCAAGCAGAAGAAACGGAAACUGAGCCACGAUACUGAAGACGGCACAGUGGUCGACACCUCCAAACCGACAGCCGUCUUCCAACCGUCCGGUGGCCGGUCUCACACGCUCUCGAUCGCGCUCCCAGGAAGCAUCAUAGCCAACGCCAAAUCCCACGAACAAAAGACUUUCCUGGCAGGUCAAAUAGCUCGUGCCCUGGCGGUAUUCUGCGUCGACGAGAUCGUCGUCUUUGACGAUGAAGACGCCACCACACAGCGCCGACGGCCGGAAGUAGGGGAAGGCGAGUACACUGCCUUUUCCCACCCGGACCACUUCCUGGCGCACGUUCUUUCGUAUCUCGAGACACCACCGCACCUGCGAAAGACCCUGUUCCCCAUGCACCCCAACUUGCGCACGGCGGGGACGCUGCCGAGUCUCGACAUGCCUCACCACCUGCGCGCCAACGAAUGGUGCGAGUACCGCGAAGGCGUCACCGGCCAUUCCACGACCGGGACCGGCGGUGGCGGGACACUGGUCGACGUAGGACUCCCAGAGUACCUGGAGGUCCCCGAGGAGAUCCCGGCCGGUACGCGCGUCACGUUGCGGCUGCACGAUCAACAUUCCACGACGGCCGAAACGGUUGCGCCCGGCGCUCCCCGGGAAGAAAAGGGCUACUACUGGGGGUACGCGGUGCGGCAGUGCAACAGCCUGUCGAACGUGUUCACGGAGUGUCCCUUCGACGGAGGCUACGACUUCUCGAUAGGGACGUCGGAGCGAGGUACGGCCUUGAGUGACACGCUGAAAAGCUCGGCCUUGUCGAACAGCCCACCGUUCAACCGUGUGCUGGUCGUCUUUGGCGGCGUCGCUGGUCUGGAAAAGGCCGCCAGGAACGACCCCCAACUCCAGACGAUGGGCAUCGCCGAGGAUAACGUCAAUGAUCUGUUUGAUGCUUGGGUCAAUGUCUUGCCCGGUCAGGGCAGUCGCACCAUCAGAACCGAAGAGGCGGUCUGGUUGGGCUUGAUGGGUCUGAGGCCAUUUACGGAACAAUUGGGAUGAUGAGUAUGGGGCACCAAGUUGCAGACCCAGAAGAGAAGACACUGAUUUUCCUUCUCGCGCUGCACCUUCCACUGGUGCCAGGUUCUUAUGGGUCAAAACUGAAAUUCUAUUAAUUAUUGCAUGUCUAGGACUCUAUGUAAGGACAAUUCUGCUUCGUCAAA